GCGAAGGCUUGACGCCGGUUGUGACGGUGAAUCUUUGUACCGCGUGAACUGUCACCGGGAGAGAUAGGUGACCGGCGCCGAGGGGCCCUGCGAAAUUGACCGGUUGAAGAUUUUGGCAAACAGCGCAGUAUGGGAGCUUGUUGGUGCUAGCAUAGCGGCCGGCGUGUCUGUCUGUCAGCGUGACUAUGGCAGUGCAGAUCCUCGGCAGCCUGGGAAUGUUUGUAGAGCCGUCGAUGCUGCGAUAUUUAGAAGUAUGCGAUGCUGCGGUGGUUUAUACGUCUCGUUAGGAUGGUGCUGCAGCAAGUAACUAAUAAUAUGGAAUCGAUGCUUUGGUCAGGAAAGCCAUAUGGAUCAUCUCGAAGUAUUGUACGGAAAAUUGGAUCUAACCUUUCCAUUAUACAAUCUCCCAGAGUACACUUUCAGUUGAUACCGUAUCCUGUAGAAUUAAAUCCCAGCAAUCAAAAUGGAGCAGUGGCAUCUUUUGCUGAUGUUGGAUGGGUUGUUAGAGAGGAGGCGGAUGUACACUCAAGGCUAAGGUCAGAAAUGCGAUCAAAUGUAGUGUUGGAAGAUGAAUUGCUGUAUCUGGAACGACCAUUCCAUAGACAGGCCUCUUUACCUGUGCUAACGAAUGAAGAGACAGAAGUCCAACCUAAGACGGCAGCAAACGAAGAAGCGUUACAAAAGAUAAAUGCACUGGAAAGUGAGCUUGCCAGCUUAAGAGCUCAGAUAGCCAAAAUAGUUACCCUUCAAGAGCAGCAGCAUUUAACAUCAGGUCCAAGUCCUGCUACCCCUGUCUUUUCCAAUGGAGCUCCUCCCUUGGCAGCUCCCCCACCACCUCCACCACCGCCUCCUCCACCGCUUCCACCACCGCUUCCACCACCGCCUCCACCUGGGCUUCAUCGAAGCGUCUCAGCCAUUGAUCUCAUUAAAGAGCGUAAAGGCAAAAAAAGCAGUUCAGAGAUCUCCCAUACGGAGGUCACACCAAAGAAGCCUGAGAUGCCAAGCAUGCUGGAUGUCCUAAAAGACAUGAACAGAGUGAAACUACGCUCAGUAAAAAGGUCACCUGAAGAUUAUAAAAGUAAACCAAGUGAUCCAGCUGAUCCAGCCGCACUAAUAGCAGAAGCUUUAAAGAAGAAGUUUGCCUAUAGGUACCGAAGCGACAGCCAUGGAGAGUCAGACAAGAACAUUGCGAAGCCGGAAUGCAAUAAACAAACAGAAACUCCUCUGUUUGGACCUCACAUGCUGAAAUCCACGGGAAAAAUGAAGAGCCUCAUUGAUUCAUCAAACCCUUGAGUACAAAAUCUUCUUUACAGGAUCCUCAAACGAUGCAAUUUAAGAUGAAUUUGCGUGUCAGUAUUUACAGUGAUACCCGCUGUGUUUGGUAUCUCUGUAUAAAGCAAUAUAAUAUUGUGCUUCCUUAGGGAAACGGUUUUCGAACUGUUUGUUCCUGUAACACUAAAUGUUAAUGCCUUAUCUUAUUAAAUGUUUGUUAAAUAAAACUGUUGGGGUAGAAUACUGGCUGAAAAAGCAGUAUUGGUGAUACCUCCGUUCUAGGUCACAUGAGGAAUCGUUUGUAUAGUAUUGCUGGCCUUCUGGGUAUGGACCAAAGCACAUUUCUGUCUUUUAAUACCCGCUAACAGCCCAAAAAUGUGUGCUUUUCCCAGCUCAUGUACCGUAAGAAUAUUUUUGUAUCAUAGAAAGUUAUGUUGUACAUUUAAAGGGCUUUACAAAUUUACAACAAUGUUAUGGUGACAGAUGUAGUUAUUUAUUGGGUUUUAGGUAAAGAUAAUGUUCUAGGAAUAUGUACUUAUUUGGCCCUCAGAGUAUUCUCUUAUAUAUAGUUUGAUAUAUAAUGUCAGUGGUGGCGAAUUUUACGAGUCUGUGGCUAGUAAUUUAAUAGCCAAAAAUAAAACCCUUCUGAGCAAAAAAAUAAAAA